CUAUAUUUUGAUGGCACUGCUCAAGGUGUGCGCUCGCCGACGGAAAAACUUGUAGAAAAUUGGGAAAACCGAAAGCUAGCUGCGCCAUGUACUGCACCACCCGACUGCUCAGAUACGUUCUGUGUGUCAUCAGUGGCGUCUGUGCCCUAGGUGGCUGCCUGCUCAUCUGGUACGGCGCCUGGCUGCUGGACAGCCUCUCCGACGAGCAGCGCGUGCUGGGAAUGGAUCACGGCGAGGAGCUGGCCGCCGUUCUGUGCAUCCUUCUGGGCAGCGUCAUCGUAGUGGGCAGCCUCUUCGGAUCACUGGCUGUGGCCAAGGACUCCAGGACGCUGCUGAUCUGCUACGCAGUUUUGUUGGUGUUCCUCUUGAUCGUUCAGUUUGUAAUGGUCAGCAUAAGUUAUGCCGCCAGCCGGGAUUCCCUGCCGGCUUCCUUGAGGCAGGGACUUGACGAUCUGUGGGACUUGCAGCACGAGGGCAACAGCACUCUGAACUCGUACGAGGAGUGGCUUCACUGCUGCGGCCGCAACAGCGCCGAGGACUACCUGCACCUGGAGAAGAUGCCCCCGCCGAGUUGCUGCCUCGACCGGGACUGCACCCUGCCCACGAAUCUCUUCAUGGCGGGCUGCGAGGUCAAGUUCAAGGAGUAUGUCACCGCGAAGACUGCCAACUUGCACUCGCUCAGUUGGUUCCUUGUGUUCUUCGAGUUCGCCGGCUCGGUGACCACCUGCUACCUGGUGGACAGCAUUCGCAACGACCGCGACCGCAUAAGAUUCUAUAAUUAAUAGUAUCUAUAGUAUUUAGAGACUUACACGAACCGUAUUAUCGUUAUUUGUUAUGAAUAAUUUCCUAGCCUUGCGGCCCUGGCGAAUUGUGAUUGUAGUUUACGAUGAUUAACCAAGUUAGGCUACAGAUACCAAGUAUUCAUUCAUAAAACUGUACACUGGCACCCACGCCUAGAAAUAAUUCGAAACGAAAAUAAAUGGGCCCGUUGCCAUUGACUUAACU